AUGGACUGCCCACUCGUCUUUCACGGCACUGCCAUCCACUCCGUCGGCUUGGAGCAGCUCGAGAUCUUGGAGAAUGCGGCCUUGGUCAUCGACACCGACGGCCGGAUAAGCGCCUUCCACAAGAACAUCGCCCACGACGAUGCGGCGCUGCGAGUCCCGGGGGCCCGUCUUCACCGGCUCCGACGCGGCGACUUCCUCGUACCCGGCUUCGUCGACACCCACAACCACGCGCCCCAGUGGUCCAUGCGGGGCCUCGGGCAGGGCCUGCACAUCCUCGACUGGCUCGACCGGGUGACCUUCCCCCACGAGGCGCGCUUCGCGGACCCAGCCUACGCGAGGCGCGUCUACGAGAGCUGCGUGGAUGGCUUUCUCCGGCAGGGCGUGACGACGGCGUCCUACUACGGCUCCAGGCACUCGGAGGCGACGCAGAUCCUGGCCGACGUCUGCAAGGCCAAGGGUCAGAGGGCCUUCGUGGGCAAGUGCAACAUGGACCGGAACGCCCCCUACUACCUCAGAGACGAGUCUGCCGAGUCGUCCCUGCGCGAGACCGAGGAGUGCGUCCGCCACAUCAAGAGCAUCGACCCCGAGGGCGUGCUGGUCAGGCCCGUCAUCACUCCCAGGUUUGCCAUCUGCUGCACGCCAGAGCUGCUGAAAGGGCUCGGCGAGAUAGCAGCGCGGGACCCGCAGCUCGCGAUCCAGACCCAUUUCCACGAGGCGGAGCAGGAGAUCAAUGCCACGAAGGAGCUGUUUCCCGGCUUCAAGAGCGAAGCGGACCUGUAUGAGAGCUACGGCUUGAUGAGCACGAGGUCCAUAUUGGCGCAUUGCACCUUUAUGAAUGACUAUGACAUGGAGAGGGUGCAGAGUCUAGGCUGCGGCGUUGCGCACUGUCCGAUCUCCAAUAUGACGGUCGGGGGAGGAUUCAUGACGGCGCCGAUCCGGCAGUUCUUGCGCCGGGAUAUCAAGGUCGGGCUGGGGACGGACAGCGGAGGUGGUUUCUCGUCGAGCAUCCUGGACAACAUCCGCCUAGCUGUCAUCGCAUCCAACGCGCAAGAAGUCACAUCCAAGGGAGCGGACAAGGCUUUGUCACUGGAGGAGGUCUUCUACCUCGCUACCCUGGGCGGUGCGAGAGUCUGCUGCCUGGAAGACGAGAUCGGGAACUUUGAGGUCGGGAAGCAGUUUGAUGCUAUCUGGGUGACGACAGAGCCCAACGAAGCCAUGACUGUUCCCGAGGCGGAAGACUCGACCCGGACGAUUUUCGAGAAGUUCAUCAUGACGGGAGACGACCGGAACAUGUCACGUGUAUAUGUCAAAGGUCGCUUGGUUAAGGGGUGCUAG